UGUGUCAGUGUGAGGUUAUGCACACUGAGAUGAAACAAUAUCUUUCUUUAGACAGUCUUGGCAUCUAUGCUCCUAGUAAGUCGUUUUUAUCUAAAGAUGACGAACGCGCCAUGGAACUACUAAAAUCGGGUACAGUCUUCGACGGUAAGCAAUAUACUACGGGGUUACUUUGGAAAUUCGAUAAUAUUCAGUUACCAGAUUCCAAAGUAAUGGCUCUGAGAAGAUUACAGUGCCUAGAAAAAAGGAUGAUACGCGAUCCAAAAUUAGCAGAUGCCCUGCAAACCAAAAUUGAAGACUAUAUACAAAAGGGAUACAUUCGGAAACUAACAGAGGAAGAAGACCAAACUUAUGUUGACCGUGUCUGGUACUUACCAAUAUUUGUAGUAACGAACGAAAACAAACCAGGAAAACUCCGUAUCGUAUGGGACGCUGCAGCAACGGUACAAGGAGUGUCACUGAAUACGUUCCUUCUGAAAGGACCAGAUCAGCUCUCAUCGCUACUCCACGUUCUUUUCCGAUUUAGAGAGUUUCGCAUUGCAGUAACAGGUGACAUACGAGAAAUGUUCCACCAAGUCGGAGUACACCACGAGGAUCAACACUGUCAACGUUUUUUGUGGAACGACGGUCAUCCUGGUCGAACACCUUCAGUUUACGUCAUGCAGGUGAUGACGUUUGGUGCUAGUUGUUCUCCCAGCUGUGCACAGUUUGUGAAGAACACCAACGCAGAACGGUUCGCAAAAAACUUUCCCGCUGCAGUUAAUGCCAUUAUCAACGACCACUAUGUCGAUGACAUGUUGAGCAGUGUCGAAACAGAGCAAGAAGCAAUCGAGCUAGCGAUCAGCGUACGAUACAUUCAUGCGCAAGGUGGGUUCGAAAUAAGAGGCUGGAGGUCAAAUUCGAGUCACGUGAUGGACGCGCUGAACGAGCAACGCAAGAACGAGAAGCAUAUAAACAUAUCAUCACAUCUGUCAAUGGAAAAAGUACUGGGCAUGUGGUGGAAUUCUCACUCCGAUACAUUCACGUUCAAACUACCUACUAAGCCAGAUAAAGAAUUACUCAGUGGCCAACGUGUACCGACCAAAAAAGAGGUGGUGCGAGUCUUGAUGUGCAUCUACGACCCGUUAGGGUUUAUCGCUAACGUGCUUAUGUUUCUCAAAAUUCUGAUCCAAGAUAUUUGGCGCUCAGGCAUUGACUGGGACGAGAUGAUCACAACAGAACAAUUUGAACGAUGGCACACCUGGUUAAGUGUUAUCAAAAAUGUGGAAACAGUAUCAGUCCCAAGAUGUUAUCGCCUAGUUACUCCAUACUCGCAGCGAACGAUUAUCCAACUGCACACCUUUGUAGAUGCUAGCAUAAACGGUAUGGCAGCGGUAUCCUACUUGCGAUUCCAAGAAUAUGAAACAAUCGAAUGCGCAUUCGUUGCAGCAAAAACACGGGUAGCACCAAACAAACUGAUUUCGAUUCCCCGGCUGGAACUGCAAGCAGCCGUCAUCGGAUCUCGUCUAGCGCAAACAAUCACUGCUAGCCAUCGGAUCAAAAUCAACCAACGUUUUUUUUGGACCGACGCCCGAGACGUUUUAUGCUGGCUACACUCCGAUCAUAGACGUUAUAGCCCAUUCGUCGGUUUUCGUAUUGGAGAGAUCCUAGAUAACACCGCAAUAUCUGAAUGGCGCUGGGUACCCACCAAAUUGAACCCAGCAGACGACGGGACAAAGUGGCAGAAGACUCCUGAUUUCUCUUCAAACAGUCGAUGGCUUCGAGGACGUGGCUUCAUCUGGGAGAAUCAAACUGAGUGGCCUGUAAUGCCGACACAUAUCGGAACAACUUCGCUAGAAUUGAAGCACUCUGUCGGACUACAUAGAGUCACUACACCAGUAGUAAAUUGUGAAAAUUUCUCUACAUGGGUUGGCCUUCUGCGUCAUGUAGCAUAUAUUAAACGUUACAUCCGUAACCUCAAGGCUACUAAGGAUAGAGUUACACUUUCUCUUGGUGAGCUAACACAGGAAGAAUUAUUGCUGUCGGAAUCAUACCUUUACAGACUGGCCCAAAGUUCAGUUUAUCUCGAGGAAAUAGCCAUUCUAGUCAAGUCCGCUUCAAAUAACCAUGUGAAUAGCCAUCGAAUACCCAAAAGCAGUCCUAUUUAUAAACUUUCACCAUAUCUCGACGAUUCAGAUGUGCUACGAAUGCGGGGAAGGACGAGUGCUUGUGAGUAUUCCACUCCAGACGCUAGCUGUCCUAUUAUUCUACCUCGAAACCAUCAUAUAACGGAUCUCAUAGUACGAGAAAUGCACCUACGUUAUCAUCACCUCAACCACGAGACAGUCGUAAACGAGCUUCGACAAAAGUACCUCAUUCCAAAGCUGCGUCGUGUAUGCUACAGGGUUCGAAGUACAUGCCAAACCUGUAAAAAUCGUCUUGCUCAUCCUGCUCCUCCUCUCAUGGCUGAUCUUCCCUCAAUGAGACUAACUGCCUUUGUGCGACCAUUUUCCUACACUGGUGUAGACUACUUUGGUCCGAUGUCUGUUGCUGUUGGUCGAAGAGUGGAGAAGCGCUGGGGAGUCCUGCUCACAUGUCUGGUUACGCGAGCUAUUCACAUCGAGAUUGCACACUCUCUCAACACAGACUCCUGCAUACUAGCUCUGCGCAACUUCAUGGCCUUGCGAGGAACACCUUUGGAGCUAUCUAGUGACCAGGGCACCAACUUUAUCGGUGCAAGUCGUGAACUGAAAGAGGCAUUACGGAAAAUUGACCAGAACCAGCUUAUAAAGGAAUUCACCACCCCCAACACCAAAUGGUCAUUUAAUCCUCCGGCCUCUCCGCAUAUGGGAGGUAGCUGGGAGAGACUUGUACAAUCUGUAAAAAAAAUUCUCAAUCAGAUGAAACUUCCGCGUAAUCCAACCGAUGAAGUUUUAAGAAACACGCUCUUGGAAAUUUCAAACAUUAUUAACUCACGGCCUCUCACCUACAUUCCUGUCGAUGAUGAGAGUCCAUACGCACUAACACCCAAUCACUUUCUGCUUGCCUCAUCGAGCGGGCUCAAACCGCUCAUACCAUUCGAUGACGGUCCGGCAGCACUGAAAAGAAACUGGAAGGCGUCGCAAAUCUACGCGAACGCAUUCUGGAAACGGUGGGUUAAGGAAUACCUGCCUACCAUACGUCGUCGUUCAAAGUGGCAUCAACACGUAAAACCCAUUCAAAUCGGAGAUGUUGUUGUUAUUGCUGACCCGGAGCUUCCCCGUAACUGUUGGCCGAUUGGAAGAGUUGUGGCAGUCAAUAAGAGUGAUAAAGAUGGACAAGUUCGUAGCGCUGUUGUAAAAACCAACGAACGGUAUUACGAGCGACCUGCAACCAAAAUUGCAGUUCUCGAUGUUGGAGUUAACGAAAGUAAGCUGGACGAUGUCUCCAGCGUACUGGGGGGGAGUGUUACGCCCUUUGCCGAGAUCACAUCACCGAAACGCAACCGCACCUCGCCACGUACGAGGGAUCAGCACCCAACACAACAUAACUAGAAACUAAGCACGAACACUAUUAGCCUUGGCGCCAAUUUGUAUAGGCAGACCUAGUUAGAAUUAGUGAACAAUCGAUAUCUGUUGAAUGCACAUACAACUGUGAGUUCAGUCUGCUCGCAACGCUAGCAAGUUUAGUAAAACUUUAACAAUAUAAUUGGCCUUACCGUAUCUAUUGUCAGGAACUAUUGUGAAAUUGCUUAAAACCGUGAAUAACAUCUAAGGUUUCUAUUUAGGGUUAUAAUUGCCACGUGUGAUAUGUGGGUCCGAUAUCUAUGAAUAUCAGUCCGUAUUUGAUGAGCAUUGAGAUAAUUCUAGCAGGUAUCAUUUCCUUUCACUAAAUCUUCCUUGGGUUUCAUAAAUACAUAUUACUGCACCUACAGUUUGCCACAUUUAACUACUGUUGAUACUCAUAUUCCGGUCGUUAAUAGGAGAGUAAGGCACUAAACGUAAGUCAAGUACAUCUUCUAACAUAUCUUUGUAAUUACCAAAAAUGUAUUGCAGGGAAAAUUUAAUUCGUCUGAAUAAACGUAUUAGAAUUCUGGAAACGCCU